CUUUCUGCCAGCUCGUUCUUCCUAUCUCAGUUCUGGAACCGACACCUUUUCUUUUCUUCCUUCCACUACGGAGUAAUCACAUCGUUUUUGGUUUUCAUUGAAGGUAAUUGAAGUAUCCUGUGUCUCAUUCUCAUCAACUCGCCGGCUAUAGUGUCCACCGCUUAAUCACUUUGGCCCCUCCUCCUCCUCCUCACGAAGCCACGAAGCCACCGCUUCCCACCGCUUGCUGUACCUCGCGGACUGUUGGCUGGUGUCCAUGUCUCGUCUCCCGGCCUCAGUCGUAUGGAUAUCCAGAUUCCCUCUCCGUCAGUUUUUCUGAAGAAGUCACCCAUCCUGACACCCGCACCUACUGUUCCACCAAAGCGGCCAGCCGUUGCGAAACCCAAGGGCAAUGCUACCGUCAAACCCCCAAACAAAUCAGCGCUGGCAGUUCAGGAUGCGGCAAUAACAAAGCCAAAACAAAGCAAGAGUCGAAACGGUUGCAUGACCUGUAAGAAGAAGAGAUUAAAAUGCGACGAGACUAAGCCAUCAUGCGCCCAGUGUCAGAAGAGAAAUGUUGUUUGCGAAGGGUACAAGAAAGAUUACAAAUGGAGAACGUUCGAAGAGACCACGUUCAGCACCAAACCGACUUCCAAAAAGAAGGCAUUCCGGUCGAACUCUUACCACGCUGAUCAGUACGGGCCUCGGCCACUCAAUAUAUCCAAAGGUGGGCUCUCAGAUGGCACCAAUACACAGCACGAGGAAACCCAGCCUGCUCAGUCAUGGUCUCCCGGUCUGCACACCGCAUUUACCACGGCCACGAAUGCCUUUCAAGGACAUCGUCAAGGCUCACCGAGCCCAGACUUACAGACCGAUCAUCUGCCGGAAAAGGGACGUUCGCCAUAUCCCAAUCAGAGUCCCGACUCAGUGUUUAUGCCAGCCUUCGAAACCGAAAGCAUCUCACCCCGGCUCGCAUUUGGUGAACAUGCCGACCCAUUUAACUUCCAUGCAACCGCAGCCGAUUCUUCCGCGACAGAAAACAACAGUGCCAGAUCGUUUUCUUCUGGAUCUCCCCAGUUACUGGAUCUUCUCCUGCCAGGAACAGACCUGACCCAGCCUCCUGAUCCAUCAGAGUCACGACCACCAAUGUCCCCUUUACCAUAUCAACCGGAGCCAAAUCUGUCCACGGACGAAACAUAUGAUGAGGAAGUAAUUCGCUCAGAUGUCUUGCCAACCGCAGGUGCACCGUCUUCCAUGCCUGCUGCUUCAACCUGGCAGACCUUUCGCACAUCUUCGCCAACCCCCAGUGAGGCUUCGAGUACUUCUUCCAAGUCCAGCGACCUUACUAUUCUCGCACAGCCAACGCUUGAUGCUUCAUCUCCCGAGAUGCUAAUGCUUCGAUUUGAUAAGCAGACCUGCGGUAUCUUGUCUGUCAAAGAUGGUCCCACCGAAAACCCAUGGCGUACCUUGAUAUGGCCGUUGGCCCGUGAAUCUCCUGCUCUGUACCAUGCCAUCUCGUCCAUGACGGCAUUUCACGGCGCCCAUGAGGUUCCCAUGUUGCAUACUCCAGGUAUGGCUCAUAUGACAAAGGCAAUCAAGCGUCUCGCGUUCGACAUUCAAAACAUGAGGAUCGACUCGGCCCUUGCCACCACAUUGGCUCUGGCGUUCAGCGAAGGUUGGGAUAGUCAUGUCAGUACAGGUGUACAGCACCUACGUGGCGCAAAGCUCAUGGUCAACAAUGCCAUGGUCAAACACCGGCGAGACAUGCAAUUAGGCCAGAUGACCACACAAGACGCUAAUCGGCUGAAAUUCCUCUGCAAUACAUUUGUAUAUAUGGAUGUUAUUGCACGUUUGACCUCAUUGGAAGAAGCAUUGGAACUGAAUUUUGAAGAGAUUCUUUCUACCGUUAACGCGCCAUUCGGCGAUCAAGUGGAAGUCGAUCCUCUAAUGGGUUGUGCCACGACCUUGUUCCCGCUGCUCGGUCGCGUGGCCAACCUGAUUCAGCGCGUUCGCAAGACCGAGACGAAUUCAUUGACCCUGGUCUCUUCGGCGAUGGAGCUCAAGGAACAGCUACAACAAUGGCAAGUGCCUAGUGCCUUGAUAUUCGAACGCCCAGAAGACCCCAAUUCCGAGGUCCAGCAUUCCAUCCAAACCGCAGAAGCUUACCGUUAUGCAAUGCUGCUGUAUCUGCACCAAGCUGUCCCGGAGAUCCCAAGCGACCCUCCAUCAAUGCUGGCCAAGAAGGUACUCGUGACUCUCGCUUCGGUACCCUUGUCGUCACGCACAACCAUAGUCCAGAUCUUCCCACUCUUCGCGGCGAGUUGCGAAGUCACAGACGCCGAUGACCGAAACUGGGUCAUGCAACGCUGGGGAUCGAUGAUGGCCCGUCUGAAGAUCGGCAACGUCAGUGCCUGCUGGAGCGUCGUCCAAGAAGUCUGGAACCGCCGUGACGAGUACGAGGGUGAGAAGGCGAAUCGUCUGCUGCGGCGUUAUAACUCUCGCGGAGUGCCCGGCGGCAACUUCGUGCCUCCAAUCUUGACCAUGCCGCCUGGACUGAAGCGCAAGGCAUAUACCGUCGACGGUGCGAAUGAUGCCUCAGGCGUCUUUGGUCAAGGCCCAGGGGGGCAGGCACUAGAUCCCGCAGAAUCGAGCGCCUUUGAGACCGUGGAUCAACAACUCGAGCCUGGCGGACGACCUAUCAAACGCCGCGUGACGUUCGAUGCUAUGAAUGGAGGUAUGCCUCCGAAUAUGCCCGGCACUGGAGCGUUUUCAAUGCCUGGGUCGGGGUCGGGAAUGAACUUCUCACGCCGUCCGAUGGGUGACAUUACCUCGCCCGACCAACUUGAGCAUGAGUAUACGGUGCGAGGACAGCUGCAUUGGCUAGGUGUCAUGGCAGAUCGUCAAUGGGAAGUCUUUCUGGGAUGACGAGACUCCCAACCUUUGUAAAUGCAGUUGACUCCGACGUGCGUGUGAGAUAUGCUUCUUCUUUACUCCCUCGAUCCCGGGACUGAUGGAUCGAGUCUCCCGUUGCCGAUGCUGGUGAAGGUAAUGCCGACUGUCCUUUGGAAUUCCAAUAGUGGGAGAACGAGGCCGGUUUACUUGCUUCGUUCUCACACUCUUCGACACACCGUUGCUGUUAGGAAGCCUGUUCAGAUCCACGGUUCCGUGGGCCCUUCGCACAGCCGCCAGGUCCAUCCACUGAAACUCGGGGGAUUUCUCCCUCUCGCUGCCACUGCUGUCGGCAUUGCUGUUGCUGGAGAUGGACUCGGCGCGGCGGUCCCUCGUGGACUGACCUCGGCCAUUUUCAACACCAGCUAGGUAAUUACGCAUGCUGGCGGUGUACUCGUCCAACUCGGCGCUUCGAGACAUCUUGGACAUGGAUGCUGGUGGGGUCACCAUGCCCUUUGGAUUUGGGCCGUUGGCUAUACCCUGGGUCUUGAGCCGAUUGCUGAUGGCCGAUGGCUCGGUCGAAGAUGUUGAUGCCGUCAUGAUGUUAUGUUCUGAUUAUGUUUAUUAUCUGGUGUUUCUUUCUGGUUGGGUUGGUGAUUCGAGGGUGUUCCAGCUUGCGCGAGACAGAUCUCGUCCUUUUGCUGCUAUGGUUUGAUUUGAAGUAUCUGGGUUGAAGGUCGACAGCAGUGCGGAAAAGGGUAUGUCUUUGAUGAUGUGUGAAAUGAGGAAUGGCUUUUCUUUUGUUUUCUGUUUUUCACUUUCGUUGCCAAAGUUGAUGGAUUGAGUUUGUAACGGAUGAUACUAGCAAGGCGUUGAUAUAGUCGGGGGUUUUUACAUGAGCUUGCCGGCGUGGGUUCUGGUGUUGCUUAUGGAUGGGAAAUGAAGCCUUGGUCGCUUGAGGCCGGGAUGGUGCGACGGUUCGUUGCACAGGCAAUAUAUUCACGUACACAAAACCUCUUCCAAAGGGAGGGUGAAUAGUGUGGCGCGUAUGGUGGUUUCGGGACGUUAAACGUAGGUGUGUGUGUGUUGUCCUGGUGGGGGGAAAGGUAGAGACAAUUUAGACAAAGAUUGCUGCUUUAGGUUCCU